ACUGGUGGCAUUAGCAAAUUUGCACGGCUCUCGACGGACCCGCUUCCCGCUCCCUCCACGCGCUCCUUCCGACAGCAAGUGCAUGCUUUUGUGUUAUAACCACUGCUUCUGCUACCCCAAGGACAAGAACAAGCCCGUUAUACACGUCUUCUAACACAUUCUCACCAUGUCGAACAUCAACAUUGCCGGUACGACGCCCGUCGACGACCCCGAGUACCGCUACAAGAUGCCACGCCUCGUCGCCAAGAUUGAAGGCCGCGGCAAUGGCAUCAAGACCGUCGUCGUCAACGCGGUCGAGCUGGCCAUGGCCCUCCACCGCACGCCCGGCGAGGUCACCAAGUUCUUUGGCACCGAGCUCGGCGCGCAGUCCAAGUACGACGACAAGACCGAACGCGCGGUUGUCAACGGUGCGUUUGAUCAGUCGGCCAUGCAAGCCCAGCUCUCCAAGUUCAUUGAGCUCUUUGUGCUCUGCCCCAACUGCCGCCUGCCCGAGACCAAGUACAAGUUCAAGGGCAAGGAUGCGAUCUUCCACAAGUGCUUGGCCUGCGGCGCGGUCGAGCCCGUCGACAUGAACCACAAGCUCACGACGUACCUCAUCAAGGAGCACACGGCGGCCAAGCGCGCGGCCAAGUCGGGCGACAGCAAGAAGGAGAAGAAGGAGAAGAAGGCCAAGACUGCCGACGCCGACGCCGACGACGAGCCCAAGAAGGAGAAGAAGAAGAAGGACAAGGACGGCAAGGAGAAGAAGGAAAAGAAGGAGAAGAAGGAGAAGAAGGAGAAGAAGUCGAAGAAGGCCGAGUCCGACUCGGACGACGACACCGCCAUCAAGGCCGACGUCGACUCGGACGAUGAGAUCGAGUGGCACACGGACCUCUCGGCCGAAGCUGUCGCGGCCCGCGCGCGCGAAGCCGAGGCCAUUGAAGCUGCGGCGCAUGCGGCCAUGGCGGCCAACGCGGCCGAGCAGGCGGCGGCCGACCAGGCCGCGGCGGCCCUCGAAAACCUCAACGUCGAUGACGAUGGUGCGAUCGAGUCGGCGGUCGAGUCGCUCACGGCGUUCCUCUCGUCGGCGCGCACGGACGCGGCCAUCUUGGACGAGGUCAUCAAGCAGCAGACGAAUGCGGCGCUGCUGGUGGGCGACCGCUUGGCCAUCUUCUUUGGCGCCGCCUUCACGGCGCAGAUCCUCGCGGCCAACGAGAUUGCCAAGUACGCGCGUGUGCUCGAGAAGCUCGUCGACUCGGAGCGCCUCCAGUUCCAGCUCAUUGCGCUCACCGAGCACUUUUGCGCGGUCAAGGUCCCGUCGCUCCUCAACGCGUUCCCGGUGCUUCUCAAGCUCUUGUACGACGACGAAAUUCUGGCCGAAGACACGAUUCUGUCGUGGUCGGUCGACGAGACGCGCCGCAACUACGCGCACUAUGAAGUCACGGACGCCCAUGCGGCUGCGCUCAAGAAGGCCCUGACGCCGUUCAUCGACUGGCUCGAGAACGCCGAAGAGGAAGAGAGCGACGAUGACGAGUAGGUCGUAAUGGUGAUGGCUAGCCGAGCCUAAUACAUGAUCUUUUGCAUAUUCCUACA